GUCUUUACAUUGUAUCACUCGCCAUGGAUCCCGCAAACCUCAAAGCACAGUUUCAGCCAGAAGAACCACGUUUCUUGAGCUUCCCACAUCUUCCCGAUGAUGCCAAAUAUGAGGAUGGAACGCCAAUUCUGAACAAAUACUCUUCCACCCUGACCAAAGGCCAUGAUUUCCCUGGCGCACAAUCGAUGUUGUACGCAGCAGGUGUGCCAAACGAGAAGAUGCUGAAGACGGCUCCUCAGGUCGGUAUUGCCUCUGUCUGGUGGGAGGGAAACCCUUGCAAUACACGAUCUGGGAAAGACUGUGAAGCAAGCUGUAGAGAAGCAGGGUAUGCUAGGAUGGCAGUAUGGCACCAUUGGAGUGUCAGAUGGUAUUACAAUAGUCGAGAGAUUAUUGCAGACAGUAUUGAGACUAUCACAUGUGCCCAGUUCCACGAUGCCAACAUUUCCAUCCCUGGAUGCGACAAGAACAUGCCAGGUGUUGUAGUAAGUUCUGCUUCAUUCGAGGUGCGGCUGCUUGAGACUGAUCCGUUUCUUAGANUGGCAAUGGCAAGACACAACAGACCAUCCGUGAUGAUCUACGGAGGCACUAUUAACCCUGGCUAUUCGAAGACACUCAGAAAGACGAUCAACAUCACAACGUGCUAUGGUAAGGAUACAACCUCUUCAAUGCUCUUGUAUGCUAACACAAUCANNGAGGCUCACGGCGCUUACAACUUCGACACUCUCAAGAACCCAGACGAUCCUUCGAUCACCAAAGAUGAAAUCCUGACUGACAUCGAGAGAAACGCAUGUCCUGGUUCUGGAGCUUGUGGCGGUAUGUUCACGGCAAACACCAUGGCUAUGGCUAUUGAAACUCUUGGUUUGACUCUUCCUGGGUCUUCAAGUACGCCUGCCACUUCGCCAGCCAAGAUGCGAGAGUGCCAGAAAGCAGCAGAAGCAAUCAAGGUCUGCAUGGAGAAGAACAUUCGCCCUCUCGACUUGCUCACUAAGAAAUCUUUCGAGAAUGCUCUGGUUAUGAUGAUGGCACUUGGAGGUAGCACAAACGGAGUGCUUCAUCUUCUUGCUAUGGCUGGUACAGCAGGUGUCGACCUUUCUCUCGACGACUUUCAGAGAGUUUCGAACCGCAUUCCUUUUAUUGCAAACAUGGCACCGUCUGGAAAAUACUUGAUGGCCGAUCUAUAUGAUAUUGGUGGUAUCCCUUCUGUCAUGAAACUGCUCAUCGCAGGAGGUCUUCUUGACGGCAGCGUCCUUACAAUCACUGGCAAGACACUGGCCGAGAACGUCGCUUCAUUCGACUCUCUACCUCAAGGUCAAGAGAUUAUUCGCAGCUUAGACAACCCAAUCAAGCCCACAGGUCACAUCGAGAUUCUGCGCGGCAACCUCGCACCCGAGGGUGCUGUUGCCAAAAUCACAGGAAAAGAAGGCAUGAGCUUUACCGGCAAGGCUCGUGUAUUCAACAAGGAGCACGAACUCGAUGAUGCCUUGAACAAGGGCCAAAUCCCUCGUGGGGAGAACUUGGUCAUUGUCGUCCGCUACGAAGGUCCCAAGGGUGGUCCAGGUAUGCCUGAGCAGCUCAAGGCUAGUGCAGCCAUCAUGGGAGCGAAGCUCACAAACGUCGCUUUGAUCACGGAUGGUAGAUACAGUGGCGCAUCCCACGGCUUCAUCGUCGGUCACAUUUGUCCUGAAGCUGCUGUUGGCGGACCCAUUGCUGUUGUUCAAGACGGCGAUAUGAUUACUAUUGAUGCCACCAACAAUACGCUCUCCAUGAAUGUGUCAGAUGAGGAAAUUCAGCAGAGACUGAAGGCGUGGAAGAAGCCCAGAUCGAAUGUCACUCGCGGUGUACUGGCCAAGUAUCAACGCUUGGUCGGUGAUGCCAGUCAUGGUGCAAUGACAGACUUGUUC